ACUAUUAAAGAAAACCAACAAACAGCAGCCAGAAAAACACACAUAACGUUACACCGAAACACACACGUCAGCGGACUAGCGGCACAGACCAACGCGAAGGGUUUAAUAUAUAGUCUCUUUAUUCCGGGAGCUUCUCGUUUUACUCAUAUAAGGAAUCGCCCACCUUAAGAGAGAUGGCCCAGGAGACCAAUCAAAGCCCCGUGCCCAUGCUCUGUGCCACCGGCUGCGGUUUCUAUGGCAACCCUCGGACCAGUGGCAUGUGCUCGGUCUGUUACAAAGAGCAUCUAACAAGACAAAACAACGGGGGAGUCAGUCCGAUUAGCACAAUGGCUUCCAGCAGUGUCACCAGUAGUCCUACCGCUGAAGCCUCGGCCAUCCAGAUCAUUGAAGCGACUCUAAACCACUCCUCUGCUGCUAGCGCCGAGUCGCCCAACAGCGCCGCCACCGCUGCCCUCCCGGUCACACAACAGAUGACGGAGAUGAGCAUUUCCUGUGAAGACGACGUGGGCUCGCCGAAAGCAGAAGUUCCUGAACCAGUCGUCACUCAGCCCACUGCGUCCGCCGCACCCCCGAGCUCAGCCGACGGGGACGAGGCCAAGGCUCCCGAAGCCCCCAAACACAAGAAGAACAGAUGCUUCAUGUGCCGCAAGAAGGUCGGCCUGACAGGGUUCGACUGCCGCUGUGGGAACCUGUUCUGUGGACUUCAUCGCUACUCGGACAAGCACAACUGCCCCUACGACUACAAGGCAGAGGCUGCCGCCAAGAUCCGCAAGGAGAACCCUGUCGUGGUUGCCGAUAAGAUUCAGAGAAUAUAAACCCCCGCCCGCCGUCUUCACCUCGACUCUGCGAGAGAUCGGAUUAAAGGACUCGCACUUUGACCUGUGAUCCUAAAGACUAGUUUUUUUUUUAAUUACAGUAUGGGAAAGAAUCUUGUUUCUAAGCCAAUGCAUGAGUGAUCUUUGUUUCAUCUUUCUUUUGCUUUCUGUUGGUAUAUGAGCUUCAAGUUAAAACAAAUGAGAGGAAAAAGAACAAAAAAAGGCAUGAAGCCGGAGACGUGUCCUGCAUCUGAUUGUGGUGUUAAAGGCUGACUGUCCGUGGUUUCCUCUGAUGGCGUGUCCUGGACUCUUUGAGGACUGUUACGGCUCUGGCCCGAGCGCCGUCAGGGCAACAGUGCAUGGCUGGCUCAUGUAGCAAAUGGACGCUCUUCAGUUUCCUCCAGGUCGAACGUUUCGCCGUCCCGUUAAGAGUCAGCCUUUUCCACAUUUAUCAACCACGUUUCCGCUUGAGCAUCAGCCGACCACAGUUAUUGAGCUAUUGGAGUGAUGCUGGUUUUCUCUUUCAUGUUCAAAGGAUAUUUUUGUUUUUUCUUUUUAAUUAUUGACAGACUUUGUGAAAAAUAUAUAAUCCAGUUGCGAUGGUUUCAUGCAGCCAGACCAGAAUACUUCAUGAUCAAUUUUGAGCGCCCACCGUACCAGUGUCCAUUAUGGAUGUGGUGAGACAUGGCUACUAACGCACACCUAUGUUGGUUCUCCCACAUGACCCUUUUAAGUGACAUUUAUUUUCGUGUUUUCUUUAUUUGAUUUGUAAUGUGACACGAGUUUCUGAAAACGUGGUUCCUGGGCUUGUUCAGAGGGUUGAAUUUUAAGUGGGUCUUUUGCAUGGUUAGUGAAAUACUGCAUACUAGAAGUCCAUUUCUUUUUUUCCUCUAAUUCGCCUUUCUUGUGUGUGAGUGAUCUAUUCAGUGGGUAUUGAGUGUUAAAUUCAGGUAAGAAAUUAAUGGUAUUGUUUAGUGUCAUUUAAUCAGCUUUUUUGAGUGUUGUGAGUCAGUGUGAGUAUGUGACUAGUCUACUCGGUGAACGCCAUCUUCAGUCUCAGGCUCAGUCCGUGUCCUGUUUUUGGGUCUGGCUGCACAGCACUGUUUUAUUUUAGAGCUUUGUCAGUUUACACAGUACAACUAACCUUCUGUUCUGAUUUUGAUUUUAGUUAUGCAAGUUUGUACAAACCAUCUUUAUUUAUUAUAUGUAUUGCGCAUAUAAUCUUGUUAUCCGACAUUACUGCGAAAUUGUAUCAUGUAAAUAAAAUUAUGUACAGAGAUAUCAUUAA